CGGCGGAGGCGGCCCCGCCCCGGCGCUGCCGAAGAUGGCGGCGGUGCGGCUGUGGCGGGGCCGCUGCCGGGCGCUGCUGUCCCGGCCCGCCGGAGCUCUGCGGGCGCGGCGCGGCUUGGCCGCGGGGCCGGAGAUGCACUUCGGCUUCCAGACCGUGACGGAGGAGGAGAGGAGGGAGAAAAUUUAUCAGGUCUUUGAAACUGUGGCCAAGAAAUACGAUGUAAUGAAUGAUUCAAUGACUCUAGGAAUUCAUCGGGUGUGGAAGGAUAUCCUCAUGCAUAAAAUGAACCCUUGCCCAGGAACACUCCUCCUUGAUGUUGCUGGGGGAACAGGUGACAUUGCCUUUCGAUUCAUUAAUUAUGUUCGCUCUGUACGACAAUGCCAGCUCCAGAGGAAGCUCAAACACCAUCAGAAUUUGUCAUGGCAGGAAAUUUUUGAGAGUUACCAGAAGGACAAAAUUAACUCACUAGGGGAUUCCCAAGUGGUGGUCUGUGACAUCAACAGAGAAAUGUUAAAAGUUGGGAAGCAGAAAGCACAGCAUCUUGGCUACUCUGAAGGCUUGUCCUGGGUACUUGGGAAUGCUGAAGAGUUGCCCUUUGAUGAUGAUAAGUUUGAUGUUUACACAAUUGCCUUUGGAAUCCGAAAUGUAACUCGUAUUGAUUUGGCACUUCAGGAGGCCUAUCGUGUGCUGAAACCAGGAGGAAGAUUUCUCUGCCUUGAAUUUAGUCAUGUCAGCAACCCUCUUCUUUCCAGGCUCUAUGAUCUCUACAGUUUCCAGGUUAUCCCUGUCCUGGGUGAGGUUAUUGCUGGUGACUGGAGGUCUUACCAGUAUCUUGUGGAGAGCAUCCGACAGUUCCCCCCUCAGGAGGAGCUGAAGGCCAUGAUAGAAGAUGCAGGCUUUUUCAAAGUGGAUUAUGAGAAUUUGAACUUUGGCAUUGUUGCCAUUCACUCAGGUUUCAAACUGUGAGUCUGGGUAGCAGAACACCCAAAGUGUAAUUUUCAUGAGGGAUAUGAAAGCUGUAGAAUUUUAACAGUAUCAAAAGGAGUUCUGAGAAGUUGUGCAGCAGAUACUUUCUCAGCAGCUGGGCUCAGAAGAACAGAAGUUACCUCCCCCCACCAAGAAACCUGUGGAGUGACUCCAGUGGUGUUUCUUACACUUGCAUUUCCUCCAAGUGCAGUGUAAAGGAUGUGGCCAAAACUGAGCAAUGCUGACAAGCAAAGCAAGUUGGCAGUGGGUGUGGAUAAAGAAAUAGACUGAUUAGUCUCCAAAUAAGAUGCCUUUCUUUUUUUUACUAAGCUUUAAAGGAGGAUAUUAUACUUGUGAGAAGUAACUUGGAUUUAUGAAGUAGUGAUGGACUUAUAUGAAGCUGUUAUUAUCUUUGUCAUGUGGAGUUUAAGGAUUUUUUCCCAUGACUCCUUCUUUCAAAGGCAAAUGGAAGGCUUGUGAAAUAAAAGGGCUCUGCAUCAA